AUGGCAGCAGCGGCUGCAGCUAAUAGAAUUGUUGUUGCAGGAGGGAGCGGGUUUCUUGGAGCGAGAAUAUGCCAAUCGGCGGUAGCUAGAGGGUGGGAGGUUGUGUCGUUAAGCCGUCAUGGUGAACCGGCAUGGGAUACCGUUAGCCCUUCUGGCCAGGCCCCAAGAUGGGCGCAGAAGGUUGAAUGGGCAAAGGCAGAUCUUCUGGACCCCAGUUCGUACGGGCAACACCUCAAGAAUGCGUCCGCUGUUGUACAUUCUAUGGGCAUUAUCCUAGAGGCCGACUACAAAGGGGUAUUGCAGGGUAAGGAGUCUCCUAUUACAGGGUUACGGAAAGUAGUUGGAUCCUUUGCGGGUAUACAGACCGGGCCAAGUAAGAGCCAAAUGACAUAUCGAACAAUGAAUACAGAAUCAGCUAUAUCACUAGCAAAGAAGACGUCUGAGGAAAACAUUCCAACAUUCGUCUAUAUAUCUGCUUCCUCUGGAGCUCCUAUCAUACCACAAGGUUAUAUAGCGUCCAAAAGGGAAGCCGAGUCCUCCAUUCUAUCCAUGUUUCCGGAUCUGCGGAGUAUAUUUGUGAGACCAACGUUCAUGUACGACUCGUCUCGCGGCUUAUCCCUGCCCAUAGCGCUGGGAGGUAUCAUAGCUUCAGAAAUUAAUUUGCUGAUGGGAGGAAAGCUCUCGGCUUUGGGGUCGAUGGCAGAAAAACCCCUCAAAGUUAGUGUUGUCGGGGAGGCAGUGGUAGAAUCAAUUGAUGAUGGCGAUGUCAAAGGCGUCGUUAGUCCGAAGAAGAUUGAAGACCUGGCAACCAAGGGCUGGAGGAAAACAAUGCUCUGA